CUGCAGUGUCGCUCCUGAGAGGAAAGAGCAGCCAUGGAGGAGCCUGCAGUGCCGCAGGAUCAAAUAGAGGCAUCCUGGGAAGGGGGUCGCGAUGGAGGGAAGGCUCACUGGAAAAAUGAAUGCUCCCUUUCCUCCCUCCUUAAGCAAUCUUGUCUCCUCUGCUGGUCCUCUCCCAGGGAACCGGACGUUGUGGAAAGUGAUGAGAGAGUCGUCACCAAGGCAGCGGAGAUCACAGUAAGAAGACCGAAGCACCUUUCGCUGGACCUUGAGAAUGCAGUAGCUGUGGAGAACUUGGAGCUUCAGGAGCAGCAGUCGGAUCGCAAGGAGCUGGAGGAGACUCUGCUCAAAUUGGAGAAACACAAAGAAAAGCUGGUCCAGCAAAUAAAAACCAUCCGACAGCUCUGUUAUGAAGAGAGCCAGCAGAUACUGUCUCUGCAGGCUGAGGAGGUUAAGAGGGAGAGCCAGAUUGAAGAGUAUGAGCAAGAGCUUGCCAUUGCCAGAUGGAGACUGAGGAAGCUCAAAGAGGAGGUGAAACAGGCCAAAAGGAAGAUGGAGGAGGCUGGAGAGAGGAACAGUCCCCUUCAGGACUCCAUUCGACAGUCCUAUGAAGAAAUCUUGCAGGAGGAGCACACUCUUUGUUCUCUAUCAGGUGGUGCAGUCACUCCAGAGAGCCAGCUGGAUGGCUCGACAUCCCCUGCAGACACCACCGAAGAUGAACCGCUUCCAAUGAGACCAUGGGGGAGGAGCCAAUCGUUGCCUGCAUAUGCUGACCUCAUCAUGGUGGCCAAUAGCGCACCCUUCUGCAAUAAUUUAGCUGACACCAGGGAAGAAGUAGACAACAGUGGCAGCAGCUCUCCAAAGAUGGAUGAAUCAAACCUGGAAGAUGAUCCAGAGGAGGCUGACGUCAUUGGAGAACACGAAAGAGUGAAGGAACAGUCCAUUCUAAACCAACUGGACUUCUAUCAAGCUGACCCUUUUUCUCAUUGUCACAUAGGCCAUGACCUUUUCCAUGAAGACCUCUUCCCAAAAGCAGAUUCAUCAGAUGCAUUUACAUCAGAUCCUUUCAAAGGCAGCGAUCCCUUUGCAGCGGACAUUUUGUUUCCAGCGGCCAACGUUGGUAUUGAUGAAGGAUCUGCAAUGGUCUGUGAUGAAGCAGAUACCAGUCAGUCCUGUGCCGAAAAUAAAGCUUCAACAGGGACGCAGUGUUUUGAGUCGGAGUUUCCUGAUGAAGACAGCGACAUCGAGAUCAGCUAUAGUCAAGAAGAUCUGGGCACCACCCCGGGGGCGGAUGAUAACCAUGGAUUUAAGCCUAUCCAGAGUUCAUCUGAGGAGCUCGGCCCAGAGCCCAUUCCACACUGGCAUUCCCUGGGUCGUUAUUCUGUUGAAUCCGAUCCCGGUGGGUAUGAGCUUGACCUGGGCAUCUCUCCACCGUUUGACAUCGAGAAGCAUGGUCUUGGAUCCCUAGCUGGACAAUGUCCCAAUGAGGCCACAGCAAAACCAGAAAAAGAUCACAACGUUUCUGAGAUUGGUGAUAAAGCGAUCUUGGAGCCACACAGAAAAGGCAAGAAUGAGAAAAAUGAUUCCCGAAAUAGCAGUCCUGACGAAGCAACGGAUUGGCUGAGCAACGUCAAAGAUGAUCCUGCAAACACCUCAACUCUUCAAAGCUCUGCCGAUUGCAGCUACCUCUCCAAUGAGCCUGAGUCACAGCAGGCCAACUUGAGUUUUGAAUUGAAUUAUGAACUAACAAGCCAGUCUUCCUUUGAUCCAUACGGCUUUAAACUCAGUCCAGAACAUUCUAGUCACACCCUGGUAGAUCCCAAUGAAGCUGAUCUGAGCCCGGUGGGCAGUGAUCAAAAUCUCUCUUUUGAUCCGGAGAAUUAUUCUUGUCAAGAAGACCCACUGAACUUUUUUUCAUAUGAGUCUGAAAUCACAACUUCUCAGGUGGUCCAAGACUCCGAUCCCUAUGGCUUUAAGCUAAGCCCUGAAGAAGAGAAUGAGGAGGUGCCAGAACUCUGUUGCCAUGAUAACGUGGAGGUCCUGGACCUCAGUCGAUUUGACGACAAGGACAAAGAAGAACCUUUUAACUACAGCAACCAAGAAGUACUAGAAUCUGUACCCUGUGGGAACCAAGAAGUGCUUGAUCACCAUAGCGACUAUAAGCAAGGACUGCUGGAUGCGUUUCCAAGAAGAAGCCAAGAUGAGCUGCAGUUGUCAUCACUGGGGAACAACGACGACGUUAACUUAGAAAGCAAAGACAACCAAGAGUUCCUGAAUCUUUGUAGUCCUGAAAACCAGGAAGUGGUUGAACACUGCCACUUUAGAAGUGACAAAGAACUGCAGCAAUGUGAGAAAGAUAACCAGGAAUUACCGGAGUCUUGUAGCCAUGCUAAUGUGGAGCUACCUGAUUUCCCUUUCACACAGAAUCAGGAAGUGUUGAAUUUAGAUUACUAUGUUAAUCAGGAAGUUGUAGAAAAUCAGGAAGUGUUCAUUUUAGGGAACCAUGAAAACCAAGAAAAUCCGAAAUUUGGUAACAAUGAAAAAGAGCAUAUGCUAGAUUUUGAUAACCAUGACAACCAGGAAUCGCUAGACUUGGUAAAAGAUGAAAUUCUCACUGAAACCAAGAAAAAUCAGUGCAUCCAGGAACCAGUCAGUCCCACCUAUAACAGCUCAGACAGUGAUGUAGCAUCAGAAGACCUGCUGGGAUUAGACCUCAGUAAUACCAGUGUUACCCAAACCCUCGUGGAUGUUAGCAACAUAUCCGCCGACCAGGCUUGCAGCAUAUCUAAUGAACCCGCCCGUCACCAUUUGCUCGAGGGUGAUCUUGGAUCUGUAUUCACGGCCGGUGGAUACAUUGGCUGUCCUGACGUAGCUGAUGAUUUAGAACCUCUGAACCACAGACUGGUUAACACCGUAGCAGUGCCAGUUCGACCAGUCAGGCCCGUGAGACCUCCUCGGCCUUCACUCCGGGUAAAGGAGAAGACCGAGUCUCCAACUCAGGGAAUUGACCUGAAAUGAUCAAUAAUCAAUAAUCAACCAUGGGAUUCUUAUCACAAUGAAGAAGAAGACAAAUGAUUUGACACGGCAAAAGUCCUCAUGCAGUCAUUUAUGGCAAUAACUCUAGUCUUAGUGACUCAAUUCUUUCAUGUCCAGCCCAGACUAGCUGACUCCCAUCCGAUCGAAAAAUGUCUCACAGAGUUUAACCAUCUUUCUGGAAUGUGUUGAAGAUGAAUAUCACUUGUUCUUUGGUCCCGUGGCCAACGCUCAGGUAAAUAUGAUCUUUUCUCAGACAGUAGCAUCUGCCGACAAACACUUUGAUUACUCGUGCCCUAAAAAAAAGGGCCAAUAUUAAAGUUUAUGACACUAUUUUGAUUUUAUUUUUAAUUGACAGCCUGUUCAUGGACUUCCAGGACUAUUUUCAGCAGUCCACACCUAGUUUUUUUAGUAUGAACCAUAGUAGAACAUAGAGCCAUAUGUAUUAGGACUGGGGUUGUUGGUUCAGACUGAAUGAUGAUGGAUUGAUAAACACUGAGCAAAGACCAAUUUUUUUUUUAGAUUAAUACAGUGGGGGUAAUAAGUAUAUGAUUCCCUGCUGCUGUUGCAGCUUUUUUCCCCUUGAUGUGUUUUCCAAUAUUUCUUUCAUGAUAAUCAAUAGAAAUUAAUGUGUCACCACUAUCAUAAAACCUGUUUUAUGACAGUAGUGCUUUGUUACUAAUGUUUUUAAUAACAUUUUAACAUUCCAAACAGUGCUCCUUCUUGCCAUAAUAGCAGAAAUGUAAGAUUCAGGUCAAAUCUUUAAUCCACAAAGGCUGGUGGACCUAGCAAGCAAAUUUUCUUGUUAUCUUCCUUACGUUAUUAUUCUUUUGACACCCAAUUUUUAGACAUUAGUGUCACAAAAAGCAGAAGAAAAUAAUAAAACUUGCAGAUGAGUAAGUGAGUUAUAAAGGCAAUUGCCAGUGUAUGCUUUCCCAAAAAUAUAAAGCAGUAAUAUGGGAUAAAAGGUGUUUUUUUAACCUCGACUCCACCCAUCUGACUAUACUUCUAUGGAAGUAUAUAUAUAUUUGCAUCAUGCGAGUUAUUUGCUGUGCUAACACCGAAAGAUGGCAACACAUGUCAGAAAAAAACAACUCAAUACAGCUUGAAAUGGUAAUGGCAUAUAAAUAUUGUACAGCUAAAAAUACUGUCCAUCUUCAACUCUAAAGCUAAGUUUUCGCGGUUCGGGAAAAGUACACUCCAUUCUCCAUUACAGAUGCAGUAGUUCUGCCUCAUAAUAUUCACUAUAUGCACUGGUAGUGUCAACAUAGAAUGAAUACAAGAUAAAUAUAUAUCAUACAAUAGACCAUACAUAUAAAAAAAAUAGCAUUUCAUUCAAUAAACAUGUCUUUGCACAAGUAAUAUAUUCAGUUCAGUAAACUUUUUCACUGCCAGUACUUUAAACUUUACGUUGAUGCCUACCUCAUUACUACUACUCACUGUCAUGACCGCAUGAUAAUACCGUAAAACCUGUGACUGCACACAUUUUCACUCUUCUAACAUGUAUUGUCAAAGCACAAGAAAUACUAACCAACCAUUACAGCAUAGUCUUGAAGUACUUUACUAAGUACUUUACUCUGUUUUUUUUUUCAUCAGAACAUGUGUUAUCCCAUAAAAAGGCACUUGAAAUGUUCCUAAAUGGUCCUGAUACAGCUUUAAACUUAAAUUGAACUCAUUAAGGCCCUCGGUGACAUAUACGUAGUUGUGGUCAAACGUUUGACCACAAGUUUCCACGAGUUUCCAGUUAUUUCUAUGUAACUCUCAUUUUUCUCUGAUUGAGUCAUUGGAUUGGAACAGAUACUUCUUUGUCACAAAAAAAACAUUCAUAAAGUUUGGUUCUUUUAUGACUUUGUUAUAGGUUAACAGAAAAAGUGACCAAAAUAUACAUACAGCAACAUGAAUUAGCAAUUUUCACAACUUCUUGUGAGGGAUUAUGAGUGACUACAGCCGGUGACUCCACUGAGACCAUUUUAAAUAGGGCUCAUAGGAUAAGAACACCCACAAACGCUACAAUGGAAAGUCAAAGGAUCAGCACGGAUCUGAAAAAGCAAAUCAUUGACUUAAAAAAGUUAGGAAAGUCACUUGGAGCCAUUUUAAAGCAGCUGCAGGUCCCAAGAGCAACAGUGCAAACAAUAGUAUAAAAGUAUAAUGUGCAUGGCACUGUUUUGUCACUGCCACCAUCAAUACGAAAAUGCAAGCUAUCAUUUGCUGCUGAGAUAAAACUGGUCAGGAAGGUGAAGAACCACCAAAAAUCAGAACUGGUGCUUUACAGAGAGUAAAUGGGAUCAUGAAGAAGGCGGAUCCCCUUCAAAUUCUUCAGGAUAACCUAAAAUCAUGAGCCCAAUAUGGGGUAAUAACUAUAAAAGCAAUCUUCACUCGCUAAAUGUACUGCAAAAAAGGUCAGUAAGGAUAAUUCAUAAUGCCGCCUACAGAGAACAUACUAACUCCUUAUUUCUAAAAUCACAAAUACUUCAACUUGCUGAUAUAGUUCAUCUUCAAACAGCUAAAAUAAUGCAUAAGGCUAAAAAUAACCAAUUACCUAAAAAUGUCAUCCAAUACUUCUCUACAAGAGAGGAGAAAUAUGAUCUCAGGGAAGAAGUACAUUUGAAACACUUCUAUGCUAGGACUACGUUAUGCUAGCCAUAGCAUUUCAGUAUGUGGAAUCAAACUAUGGAAUGGAUUGAGUAAGGAAAUCAAACAAUGCACAACGAUGAGCCAAUUCAAGAAACAAUACAAGCAGUUGAUGUUUGCUAAAUACAAGGAUGAAGAGUCUUGAACCAGUCAUGAUGUGCUAUAUAUAUCACUAUAUUGACACUUACUAUGGUAACCAUUAUGUCAUUGGAUGGUCAUAUCACCUUGUACUUCGGUACAAGGUACAUUAUUUAAAAAAUAAAAAUAAAAAUUAACUGUAUUAUGGAAUGCAGGAAGUAAACAAAUGAAACUGUUACUGAUUGUAAAAGUAAACUAGUAUUAUGGAAAGCAGGAAGUGAACAAAUGUAACAGUUACCGAUUGUAAAAGUACCAGAUGGAGGGGCAGGAUUUAAUAAGCUUUGCUUCUUCCUACUCCUUUUGGACAUGUGGAACUGGGAACUGAUUAUGGGAUGCACUCAAUUGUAAUCUGAUGCAUGUUCAAAUGAAAUAAAACCAUUACCAUUACCAAAGGUUGGAUCUUGGACACAGUUGGGUGUUCCAACAGGACAAUGAAAAGUCCAUGUCAGAAAGCCAACAAAUUUCACAGAACUGCACCAAUUCUGUCAAAACGAGCGGUCAAAUAAACCAGAAGCUUGCAGAUGGCUACUAAAACUGCCUAAUUGAAGUGAAAAUAUCCAGAGGAUGCGUAACCUAAUAUUAGCAUUGCUGUAUGUAUAUUUUAGACCCAGUAGAUUUGGUCCCUUGUUCUGUUAAGCUAUAAUAAUAUAAUAAGUCAUAAAGGAAUCGAACUUCAUGAAUGUUUUUUUUGGGACAAAGAAGUAUCUGUUCCAAUCCAAUCUCUAUCAGAGAAAAAUGAUAACUGGAAACUGAAGAAAGCCAUGCCAUUAUGUUCUUUAUGUCAACUUUUGACCACUACUCUAUGCUGAAACUGUCAGAUUUUUAACUCUUGGUAUCCUUCGCUAAAAAAUACAAAAUUCUGCAAUUCUGCAUUGAGCAUGACAGCUUUAGGGAAUUUAGGAAAUGAACAUAGAAUGUGACAUCAACCACCAAAUUGGGCGCUGUACUGGACCAUCGUGGAGAAGAGAACUGUGUCGAAGGUAAAGCUUUCAGUCUACUGGUUCAUCUACGUUCUUAUGUUCAACUAUGAUCAUAAGCUUUUGGUUGUAACCAAAACAGCAAGCAGCUGAAAUGAGUUUCCUCCGUAGGGUGGCUGAGAAGCUUACUCAUCCAGCAGCCACUGCUCCUUCGCAUCAAUAGGAGAUAUUUGAGGUGGCUCGGGCACUGAGCAUCUCCUGGUAAGGUUGUUCCAGGUAUGACCCACGUGUGGCCUCGAACACACUGGAGGAAUUAUGUCUUGUUGUUGGUGAAGACCAGAAAGUUUGGUCUUUCGUGUUAAGACCGCUGUCUAAUCUAUCAAAAGAUUUCAGCUUCAGUCAAUCAUGUGAUAUGUUCCUAAUUGAAAACCUGAAUGCGGGAUGUGCUGCACCAGUUCAUGCUCACUUGGUGGUUGAUCUUGUGAUUAUUUACCAUCAAUUACAAUUUCAAUGCAACCAGACUUAAAAGUUAUUUUGGUUCCAAUUCCUGCUGUCAUGAUUCAUGGCCAAAGCGUCAAAGAAAGAAGAGUGUCUAGAAGCGUAACACUGCAGAUGAAUUUGGAGAUUUUUUGUGUUUUCCAUCUUGACUUGAGUGAAAUAUUAUUGGAAGCAGCUGGUGUACAAUAUGUUGCCCUGGUGUAUUCAUGUGAUGUUGUAUGUAUUGCAAUGUAAAUGUGAUGGUCUGUGUUGGAAGCAUCAAGAAAUACAAUCUAUUCUUAAAACCAAUAUGUGAUGCUUGGCUUAAAUGUAUCUUUGACUUUUUAUUCUGUUAUUGAUACGUGACAAAAAUAAAACAAAA